CUUGCUUCCACUUCUCAUCUUAUUUCAUAUCUUUAAACAUAUAAACUCCAAACACAAUCCUAAAUCAGACAGAGACAAUGACACAACAGCUCAAAUUCAUUCUCACUCGUGAAGAAGCAGCAUCCAAAGGCGUCUCCAGGCCCAGUGACUUAGUGAAGCUAGAAGAAGAAGCGAUGAUCCUGGCUAGGGCUCCAAUCUCCGGCGUCCAAGACGCAGUCCUUGGACUUGCCUCAUCCGAUCGAAUCUUCUUAGGCGUCAAUGUCGAAUUUGAAGGCCUUCCUCUUCACCACUCCAUCAGCGCCGAGCAAUUCCUCGUCGCUAACCUCGCACUCAACUUCGAGCAAGAACUCCACGCUUGCCUCAUUCCGUCUAGAUUCUACCUCGAAAGCUUCGAGGAAGACGUCCCUCUCCUUCUCGUGCCGCAGAAUAACCGCCUCGCCCACUCGGAUCCAUUUUCCGCCGCAGAGAUCUGCUCAAACCCCGAGCAUUGUUCUCAUCUUAAGUGUAGGGCCCUAACGGCGGCAAACAAAUCGAACGCACAGUAUAGCAAGUGUCCGUCAGGGGUGGCGCUGAUUUGCGAAGGGGAAGUUUACGGAGGAUGGUGCAUUGAAUCGGCGGCGUAUAACCUUAGUUUGGGACCAGUACAAGCGGCGCUUGUUGAUUUUAUGGCUCGUGGCGAAGGCAAAGGGUUUGAGAUGAUCACUGGAGCUGUGCUGGUGGAGAUGAAUGAUGCGAAAGUGAGUCAAGAGGCCACUGCGAGGAUUCUUUUGAAGACUAUAGCCCCCGGGUGCAAUUUCAGUGUCUUCCGUUGUCACAAGACCGCAGAAAAUUGAAGCAUGUUUAUGCUGCCUUGAUGAUAGAUUACUGAUGCGUAUACUAAAGAUGAUAGAUAAAAAAUGCUAAUAUAAAGGAAACUAACCCAGUGGGGGAAUUACACAUGCAUAUUCUGGUGAUUAAAACUUAUGAUGAUAAAAUAGUAUUAAUCAUAAUUAUGUUAUGUUUUGG